GGGAACCACAAUUAUACAGCUGAUUCAGAUCUCAUUUUUAUUCAAUUUAAAUAACAAAUGUAGGCUAUUUUUGGAUUCUGCAUCCAGAGGAGGAAAUCGAAUCGGUUCAAAUGAAUACGCGACUGCAUAAGUCGGGGAUUUGGUCGCUUCAUUGAUGGAAAUCGGCAGCCGACACUGAGGGAACGCUAAGCGGCUUGUAACAAUAACAGAAAACGCCACCGGAGGGGUGAGACAGCUCUACCCCCGUGUCCAUUCGACCGACCGACCGACCGACCAUGGCAGCUAAACUGAACCCGAACGUCCUGUACGUCCGGGAGCCCCGUGAGCAGGACUCUGACCGCCUGGCGCAGGCCGAAGCGGGCGAGGAGUCCUCCGACAGCGACGGCGAGCAGGAGGAAGCCUCGCACAAGCUCAUCAGGAAAGUGUCCACCUCGGGUCAGAUACGCGCCAAGAAAAGUGUGAAGGAGGGGAUCCUGCUGAAGCAGACCAGCUCCUUCCAGAGGUGGAAGAGGAGGUACUUCAAGCUGCGUGGACGAACCUUGUACUACGCCAAAGACUCCAAGUCUCUGAUAUUUGACGAGGUGGACCUGUCAGAUGCCAGCGUGGCAGAGACCAGCACCAAGAACAUCAACAACAGCUUCACGGUCAUCACUCCAUUCAGAAAGCUGAUGCUGUGUGCGGAGAACAGGAAGGAGAUGGAGGACUGGAUCAGCGCGCUGAAGUCAGUGCAGAAGUGGGAGACGUACGAGGCCAGUCAGUUCAACAUGGAGCACUUCUCGGGGAUGCACAACUGGUACGCCUGCUCCCACGCCCGCCCCACCUUCUGCAACGUGUGCCGCGAGGCGCUGUCCGGGGUCACGUCCCACGGCCUGUCCUGCGAAGUGUGCAAGUUCAAGGCCCAUAAGCGCUGCGCUGUGAGAUCCACCAACAACUGCAAGUGGACCACGCUGGCAUCCAUCGGAAAUGACAUCAUCGAGGACGAGGAUGGGGUGUCCAUGCCUCACCAGUGGCUGGAGGGGAACCUGCCGGUGAGCGCCAAGUGCGUGGUGUGCGAUCGCAACUGCGGCAGCGUGAGGCGACUACAGGACUGGCGGUGUCUGUGGUGCAAGGCCAUUGUCCAUAGCAGCUGUAAGGAGCACAUGGGGAAGAUCUGUCCAUUGGGCCCAUGUAAGGUGUCCAUCAUCCCACCUACUGCGCUCAACAGCAUCGAAUCCGAUGGGUUCUGGAAGGCCACCAGCCCUUCCUGCUCUAGCCCGCUGCUGGUUCUGGUCAACUCCAAGAGCGGGGACAACCAGGGCGUGAAGUUCCUGCGCCGGUUCAAGCAGCUGCUGAACCCGGCCCAGGUGUUCGACCUGAUGAACGGAGGCCCGCAGCUGGGUCUGCGGCUCUUCCAGAAGUUCGAGACCUUCCGCAUCCUGGUUUGCGGCGGAGACGGCAGCGUGGGCUGGGUGCUGUCCGAGCUGGACAAACUGGGCCUGCACAAGCAGUGCCAGCUCGGGGUUCUGCCCCUUGGCACAGGGAACGAUCUGGCACGGGUGUUGGGCUGGGGCGGUCUCUGCGACGAUGAUGCCCAGCUCCUUCAGAUCCUUGAGAAGUUGGAGAGGGCCACCACCAAGAUGCUGGACAGAUGGAGUGUGAUGACAUAUGAAGUCCCCACCAAGCAGUCCCCGCCUGCUGUGAAGGAAGACGAGACUCUUGACUCCUCCUUGCAGGUCCAGAUGAGUGUGUAUGCUGACUCCGUGGCAUCCCACCUGACCAAGAUCCUGGACUCAGACAAGCACAGUGACGUCAUCUCUUCCACUAAGUUCCUGUGCGGGACGGUGAACGACUUCGUGUCAGAGGUGGGGAAAGCGUAUGAGAGGGCGGCGGAGAACAGGGAGGAGGCGGACGCCAUGGCCAAGAAGUGUGCCAUGCUGAACGACAAACUGGACUCCCUGGUCAAGGCUCUGAGCGAGGAGAGCGACGCUCAGCUGGUGCCCGUGGGGCCCCUGCCGUCCCCCGGCGACUCGGACGCGCCCGAAAUCCCCCGGGCCUUCAGGUCCAAGGAGCAGCUGAUGCUGAGGGCCAACAGCCUGAAGAAGGCCCUGCGGCAGAUCAUCGAGCAGGCUGAGAAAGUGAUAGACGAGCAGAACAGGCACGCCCAGGUGCAGCGGAUGCCCUCCUCCUCCUCCAUAAAGAGGGAGAACAGCGAGGAGCUGAAGGAGGUAGACCCACGCCGCGGGACCAUGAGCCCGACCUCCUCCUCCAUCGUUCUGGAGAAAUCGGAGAGCUUCAGCUCCAUGCUUUUCAGCGAGGACUCCAUACAAUGCACCGAGAAAUGUGUCAUGAACAACUACUUUGGGAUCGGUCUGGAUGCCAAGAUCUCCCUGGAGUUCAACAACAAGAGGGACGAACACCCUAAGAAAUGCAGCAGCCGCACGAAGAACAUGAUGUGGUAUGGAGUGCUGGGGACCAAGGAGCUGGUGCAGAAGACCUACAAGAACCUGGAGCAGCGGGUGCAGCUGGAGUGCGACGGCGUGCCCAUGUCUCUGCCCAGCCUCCAGGGCCUGGCGGUGCUCAACAUCCCCAGCUACGCCGGCGGGAUCAACUUCUGGGGAGGGACCAAGGAGGAUAACAAUUUUGGAGCCCCGUCCUUCGAUGAUAAGAAGCUGGAGGUGGUUGCGGUGUUUGGAAGCAUGCAGAUGGCCGUGUCUCGAGUCAUCAACCUGCAGCACCACCGCAUUGCUCAGUGUCGGCAGGUGAAGAUCACCAUUCUGGGCGAGGAGGGUGUACCCGUUCAGGUGGACGGAGAGGCCUGGAUCCAGCCUCCCGGAAUCGUCAAGAUCGUCCACAAGAACCGGGCACAGAUGCUCACCAGAGAUCGGGCCUUCGAGAGCACGCUGAAGUCCUGGGAGGACAAGCGCAAGUGUGACAGCUACCGCACGGCGCGCCCGCGCCUCAACUCCCAGCAGUCCAUGGAGUACCUGACGGAGGAGGAGUGUGCCCAGGUGCAGCAGUUGGGCCUGGUGGCCGACGCCCUCAUCAACAGAAUCAGGGAAGCCGCGAAGACACACAAGGUGGUGGAGCAGGAGCUGGCCCACGCCGUCAACGCCAGCGCGCUGGUCCUCAGCGAGGCCUUCCCCAACAAGCCCUCCAGCCCUGAGUUUCUCAGUCGCACCACAGCCGUGGAGAUCGUCAACAGCUCCAAAGUCCUGCAGCAGGAGACCAGGAUGCUCCUGGAUGGGAAACUGCUGCAGCUGGACCCUCCCCAGGAGGAGGAACUUCUCUCUACUCUUAACACCCUGGGCGCUGAGCUGCAGAAACUGGAUGACAUCCACUGGAUCUGUCCCAUCAUGCACUGCACCGAGGAGGACAUACCCAGGAGCAGCAGUAAGAGCAGCAUCAAGCUGAAGAUCAUUCCCAAAGUGAAAAAGGAGAGAGAGAAGCUGCACAAGCAGAAGUCUAACAGCUCCCUGUCAGGUUCGUGGGAUUAUAAAGGAGGAUCAUGUGAUGCGGAUUCCGUGGGGAAUUAAGUGAGAAGUGAGCGGAGCCCCCAGGCCAGGGGGUUAGGCGUGGUCUCCCCCUGGUUGGAGUGGAUCUGCUGGGGCAGGCUGGAGUGACGCGGCCUCCCUCCCACUCCCACUGGCUGGCAGAAAGGCGGCACUGCGGAGGGCGUUGCAUCAACAUUGCGAAUCUUACGUUUGUUUAGUCUGUGGUCCUGCGAAGGUGUGUUACGCGAUCAAAACUGCCCGCUUGCAAGAGGGGAGGAGUCCUUGGCUGGGCUUCCGAGCGCUGUCUCUGAGCGACUCAACUUUGGCCUGGAACUCUCCCGGGCUAGAACACGUCAACGUCCAUUUAUUACUUUCCUCGUUUCACUUUUUUCCAACUCUUGCUCUGCUGUAACCUCAAGAACUAUUUCAAGUGAUGUUUUUUUUCUGGUAAACUGUCAUCGAACAACAAAAUCCUAUUUGAACAACUAAAACCUCUCUCUGUGUACUUAGGGGUCCUACAUGGAGGGAGUAGUAGGUGUCUUUAGGAAUGCAUCUGUGGCUAAAGUAGACUUGUGUCCAUGUGAAAACGGCCAGUUAUGUAUUGACGCCACUAUGCCAGUGUGUGCUGCAUGCUUUCCUUACCCGCUGAGCGUGAGAUUUUUCCUUUCAGUAAUCAAGUUGUGCUGUUGUACAAUUAGUGCGAUUAGCCGAGCGAUUUUUCGGAGCUUUUUUUAAAAAAUAACAUAUGUCUGUGCCAAGUUUGCACUGAACGCAAGUAGUUUCAGUCGUCAGAAGAACGCGUGUCAUACAUUUCAAAGGAGAUUAUAUUGCCUUGCACUUUAAACCUAAGAAGUGGACUCAAAAGUGUGGGUUGUGAAACUUUCGGAGUCGUUUACAAUGUCACAGCAACCUCACGUGUUCCUGUAAAACCAAUAAAUUAAGUAGGAUGUAUAGUCUAAGUGAAUGAAUGUUGAAAUACAACACAGAUGUUUACCUGUUCAGGUUUCGAUUAUUUUUUUUAGUUCAGCGGUGGUUUGAAGAAUCAUCUAUAGCUGCCAAGGACUUGAAUUUCACAGGCAGCAUCGAUAACAUGAUAUUUAUGUAAUGUGCCAGUAUUUAUUUUUUGAAUAAAGCGUUUUGGGUUAGCAACCCAAAGGGCCUAUGUACUCGGAGGUACGGUGAACAACAAACAGUACGUUGGGGUUGGGGAAUGUCAAAAAUAGAAUUAUAUGUAACAGGUCAUGAGCCAAAGCGACAUAGCAUAACCCAACACUGUUGUAAAAAGGUACUGAUGAUUGUGUGUGUGCGAAUAUGUUCCAAGUGAAGACAUUCCAUUAAAUUCAGCAAUACAGCUGAAGUUUAUGUUCUCAGAGCUGGGCUUGACGUGGCACGUGUUUGUUCUAAAGUGUUAAAUGAUAAUAUUCCUCAUUUUAAGCUGUGUUUGUGGAGUAACUUAAGGGUCUAUGCGUUCGAAAAUUGACGUUUUGUGAAAGUCCAGACUUGUCAUAGACGGCAACUGCUAGGUACUGGAGUGUUUCUAUUCUCUUCGCACACAAUGCGCACCUGGGUCCGAUUGGUGGAGACGCCCCAUAUGACACCUCCAGACCAAUCAGUGACGAGUGGAGUUUGUGUCCAUAUUGAACAGAAACACAAACAUAUGGAGAACUAUGCUAGUUGGACCGUCUAAGUAACCCAACGGGCCAAUACAUUGUACCAUACUAGGGGCAUCCCGGAGUCAGAAAGCUUCUCUUAAAAUGUGUUUAAAGGGUACAGAUGACUGUUCAUUUUAUCUUUUGUGAUUAUUCGCCUUUGGGGUUUGAUAGUGUAGUCAUUGUAAACCUAUUUUAUUUAUACUUUGUACCAUCUGAAUUCCCUGGCUCAUUUCAGAGAAGGUCCUCAUUCCUCUUCUUGGCUGCUAACAUGUCUACUGAAAGCAUAUUCCAUGGAGUGUUAACAUUAACAUGAAGCAAAAAUAAAG